UGGGGAAUGCUAACGAACACUCUUUCCAGGUGAUAAUGCUAAGACGGUGAGGACGACGUGCCCCGAGGGCUUCAUGCCGCUGGGGACCGGCUGUUACAGCUACUUCGACAUGAAUGAGACGUACGACAAGGCUCGGGAGAUCUGUCAGCUCCUCUCGGGGGAUAAUGUCGACCUGGCCGUCUUCGACUCCCACGCGGGCGACGCCACCUUCAUAUCCACCUUCGCAAUCAACAACGAGAUAAGCAGCCUGUGGGUGGGAAGCACUGACGAGGGCCACGAUGGGUACUGGACGUGGGUGGAUGGAAGACCUUUACACCCGGAAUCACCGUACUGGAACACCACCAUGCCAAGGGGCAGUACCAUUUAUAAUUGUGGCAUUAUGUCUCAAGUGAUGGAGACGUCGGUGAGGAUGCGCCUUAUGGAUACUCAAUGCAGUAAUAGAUAUCCCUUCAUUUGUCAGCUGGGCCUGAACCCUCUGAAGUAGACCUGCUCUUGGUGUUACUUGUUUGUUUAUGCUGAAAAAUUCACACACACAAUUCAAACAAUAUUUGAUUAUUUAAUGUAAUAAAAUCAUUAUGAUUUGAUUAUUUAGCCUCAUGAGUGAAAAUAAACUGUAUAACUAA